AUGGUCAAGGCAGCAGCUGAAGUCAGCAUCAUCGACGGGUCCACAUGGAAGCCUCUGUUGAUGCUGCAGAUUGUAGACGUUUGCACGCACACUGGUCAAAAGUGGGACUCGAACGACUACAGGUUGGCAAGGUUUAAUCUUGCUCAGAAGUUGAUCAAUAAAAGCUGGGCAGUCAACCUUAUAGCAGAGAUUCCUCCGAGGGAGGUCCCUGAUAGGGUGGUGUGGUGCGAUGGAGGCAGUGGAGCCGAAGGUCACCCAAAGAUCUACAUUAAUCUGGACAAGCCGGGACCCAACACGUGCGGCUACUGCGGCUUGCGAUUCGUUAAGAAAGACUUGCAUUGA